CGGACAGUCGGGGCGUUGGCGACUCGAUGAGCUGUAGACUCUUCUAUUCUUAGGUCGCUUGUCAGGCAUCUGGAGACGCCAUGGCUGACCGCAGGCAUAUAAUGACAGAGGAACCCCCAUGCAUGGCCAUGUUAACUCCUGCUUUCCACUUAGUCUUAUGACUGUUAGCCUUCUUGUAGAACUCUCACGAAGAAUGCCAUGGUUCCAAAGAAGAAGCGGCUCUAUGUCGCUCUCUAUCCAUCUGGAGUCGCUGACAACGAGGAACGAAAGUAUGGAUGCCCGUCCUUUCACAUUGCCGUGAUUCGAUCAAGGCUCAACAUCAUUCCCAGAUAUGACUGGAGCUUUCUUAUCGGCCCCAAAGUUGAAGACAGGCAGCAGGUCCCUGGCAUGCGCUAUCAUGUGAAAAACCAUUUUACACAUGGCUGGACUUAUGAGGAAGUCUCUGUGUCCAAUGUCCAGAACACCAAUACUCUUCUGGCACGAAUCGUGGUCGCGAAAGUUGAAGACGAAAGGCGUCUUGUCGAGAUCUUCCGAACUACACAAGUCGUGCAGAACGACCCUCAGUGGCGUUGCCGUACUUGGAUUUCUGAUGUACUGGCAAGAUUGGCCAUAGAUGGCAAAGCGGUCGGGACGUCGCAAUUGGACUGGGGCAAGGUCGAGGCAGUGGCUCGAGGCUACGUUACGAAAAAAGUUGCCGCUGGGCGGUAUUCGGCGGGCAAAGACAUGGCAUCACCGAAGCCGACUUGGGACAUGCUCGAAGAAAAGGAAAUCGUGCCCUGAACUCGAAGAACAAUUGCGCCGGUCGGUUUCAAGCCCACGAAUUCCGAAUUUUCUGAUGCAUUGUCGAGCAUUUUCAUCCAUCCCAUACACUCACUCAAAAUUCUCCCCACCAUUUCUGACGCGUAAUCUCCAUCUUCAAAUGGUCAGGGUCAGGUUCAAGGAACUUUGGGAUAACUUUUUGCCAGGCUUCUCGGGUUCGAUUUCCACACCAAGCAGAAGUGUACUCCCAGUAGUGUGGAUACCACCCUGAGAACUCCCAGUCAACAAUCCCCACCACCUGAGCUCCGCGAACCAGGAUAUUGAACGGGUUCAGAUCUCCAUGUGUGAACACAAGAGGUGGAUAUGGUUCGUCCUGCAUGGCGAUCAUAUCUUGAACUUCUCUCCAUUCUUGAAUGUUUUGUCGACAUGGUGGUUGCUCUGCCUUUAGACCCUCACGCAGCCACAGAUGAAACUCCUGAAUGCUUUUGAACGGGCCAAACCUAGGGUUGGAUCGGGGAUUGCGCGAGUCCCGUAAAGAGCCACCGGUGCAACUUUGAACUCCGGGGCCUGGCGGGCACAACUUUCUCAUCUCCAGCAGCAUCUGCCACAGCUGCGUACAAAUACUUGUAAGAUCUGCCUCCGCGAGAGAACCAAAAGCUUCAGCCAGAGUUUUCCCACGGAUUCGUUCCAUAACAAUGUAGACUUGAUUAUCAUGGAUAAAGGAACAAUAUACCCGUGGCACAGGAAUGGAGGUAUGGCAUUUGAUGAAA